AUGGAUAGCCAUUGUCACCUCAGUAUUGCUCACUAUUUGCUUCUUUUGCUUUUGGUCUCUUCCUGCAUUCAGAGUACUACUAAACUCUGUUUCUGUUUGGCUGGUGAUGAAAUUUCAAGCAGUGUGAAGACAGAUUCAUGCAUUGACGAAGAAAGACAAGCGCUUCUCAUCUUCAAACAGCAUCUUGUUGAUCAUUCUGGUCGGCUUUCGUCUUGGGUGGGUCAUGAUUGCUGUCGAUGGGAAGGUAUUUCAUGCAACAACAGCAUUGGUCAUGUCGUGAAGAUGGACCUCCGGCAUCCAUAUGACUUUUUGGACGAUGAUGAGUUUGAAGAGUGGAGAAAUGCUUCUUUGGGAGGUAAGAUAAAUGCUUCUCUGUUGAGCUUGAAACAUUUAAAUUACCUGGACUUGAGCCUGAAUUGGUUUGAUAGCAAUCAAAUUCCUAAGUUCAUUGGGGAGCUUAAAAGUUUGCAAUAUCUCAAUCUCUCCUAUGCGUCAUUUGGAGGAGAGAUUCCCUCUUCUCUUGCUAACCUGUCAAGCCUAAAUGUUCUUGAUCUCGGGCGCAAUUUUGACUUAUCUUCCAAAAAUUUGAAUUGGCUUUCUCACCUCUUUUCCCUGAAAUACAUUAAUCUGGAGGGCGUUGAUCUUAGCAGCACAGGAGUCAGUUGGGCAUAUGAUAUUAACAUGCUUCCUUCAUUGUUAGAGUUACAUUUAUCUUCGUGCCAAAUUGAAAGCAUUCCACUCUCACUGCAGAGCAUUAACUUCCUUCCACUUUCACUACAGAGGAUUAACUUCACAUCACUGUUGGUCCUUGAUAUGUCGUAUAAUGGCAUUAAAAGUUCUUCAUUUCCCGGCUGGUUUUUUAAUCUUACCAACCUCAUAACACUUGAUCUAUACGGGAAUGAUUUCGGGGAUUCUUUUCCAAGUGAAUUUUCAAACUUCAAAUCUCUGGAAAAUCUUGAUUUAUCUGGAACAGGCUUAAAAGGUCAAAUUCCUAAAGUCAGUGGAAAUUUGUGCAAGCUAAAAGUCUUAAGUCUUUCAGGGAACUACUUUGAUGGGGGGAUUGAAGAGUUUUGGAGGAGUCUCUCAAAUUGUCCAAGUAAUACAUUAGAGUCACUAGAUUUGUCUUAUUGCCAGCUUGAAAGCCAAUUGCCGGUCUUUUUAGGAAUGUUUAAAAGUUUGCAGAAUCUCAACCUUAGAGAAAACAAUUUGUGGGGCUCAAUUCCAAAUUCCAUCGGAAACUUGUCGUCCUUGAAAACACUAGACCUCAGUUAUAAUAAGAUGAACAGCUCAAUUCCAAAAAGUAUUGGACAACUCUGUGAGCUAGUUUCCCUACUUCUGUUUGGUAAUUCAUGGGAAGACAUUUUAAUGGAAGCCCAUUUCAUAAAUCUUACCAGAUUACAAAAUUUUGAAGUAGGAAACGUAGACUGA